AUAGAAGCACACGUUACCACCAUCCCUUGUCAGCGACAAAGCUCACUGAACUCUUUUUUUCUCCACAUACUGGGAAAUAAAACACCAGUCAGACUGGAGGUGACCGUCAAAGAAGCGUUAAUUGCUCGCGUAGACAGUACAGCCGUACUUGUGAGCCUCAGCAGCGAGAUGGAGAUGGAGCAUUUCGACGACCGGGACAAAGGUCAGAGACACAGCCGGUCCAGUGCGAAGAUGAACGGGAUGCUGAGUCCCACGCACAGCGCCCACUGCAGCCUGUACCGGACCCGGACCCUGAAGACGCUGACCGCGGAGAAGAGAGCUAAGAAGGUCCGCUUCUACCGCAACGGAGACCGGUACUUCAAUGGGAUAGUGUACGCCAUCUCUACAGACAGGUUCCGGACUUUUGACGCCCUGCUUGCGGACCUGACCCGCUCCCUGUCCGACAACGUCAACCUGCCACAGGGCGUCCGGACCAUCUACACCCUGGAUGGCUCCAAGAAGAUCACCACUAUUGACCAGCUGGUAGAAGGUGACAGCUACGUGUGCAGCUCCAUCGAAGCGUACAAAAAGUUGGAUUACACAAAAAACGUGAACCCCAACUGGUCGGUGAACGUCAAGGCCUCCGCUGCGUCCUCCCGCGGGCCUCCUUCCCUGGGCAGCGCCAUGGCCGGUGCCCCCGAGAGCCGCGAAAUCAAGGACUUCAUUCGUCCAAAGCUUGUGACAGUGGUGCGGAGCGGUGUGAAGCCCCGCAAAGCUGUGAGGAUCCUGCUGAACAAGAAAACGGCCCAUUCCUACGAACAAGUCCUGACCGACAUCACCGAUGCCAUCAAGCUCGACUCUGGAGUGGUGAAGAAGAUCUACACCCUGGAGGGAAAACUGGUGUCCUGUCUGCAAGACUUCUUUGGCGAUGAGGACAUUUUUGUGGCGUGUGGACCGGAGAAGUUCCGCUACCAAGAUGACUUGAUGCUGGAUGAGAGCGAGUGUCGUGUGGUGAAGUCGGUGAACUAUGGGAAGAUGUCUGGCUCUCUGAGCCGAAGCUCCCCCAGGACCGCCGUCCAAUUACAACGCAGCAAGUCCCCUGCAUCGGUGAACGGGACGCCGGCCAGUCAGCUGUCCACUCCUCAUUCGGGAAAAUCUCCCAGCCCCUCCCCGACUAGCCCGGGCAGCCUCAGCCGACGCCGGGAAAAGGACAAAGCUGUGACUGAGCAUAGGCCGACCACAUCUUAAGUCACUAGAAUUUGAAGAAACCACAACAUCCCAACAUCUUUAGUGUCUCAGAAGGGGGUGGGGCAUUGACCUUUGACCUCAUGCAGUGCCGAUCUGGGAUUUCCAAGAAUGGCAGGCUCAUGUUAGGAUUCACUAAUGUUAACUUUUAUCCAGUGUUAAUAGUUUUCAAGGGCAUUUUCUCCUUCCAUGCAGAUUGUCUGUCACAUUCCCACAUAAUGCUGACCCAUAGCUCUUCGUUCCUCAUGGAGAACUUUGGUAGUGAAACGAUGAAUGAUGCUAUCACUGACUUUUAGAGAUCUGUCAGUCAGUAAUUUGUGCAAUAUCUCGUCUAAAGAUGGGACAGAUCAUUGGCUUUGUGAGCAGCCUGCUCAAAUCUUCAUGUCUGUUUUUGUUCUGCAAAAAUUGGUUUGGAUUCCCUGUUAGCCACCAAGAAGUGUGUUGCAUUUUAUUUAAAAGAAAAAGAAAAAAAAAAAAAAUCCAAUCAGUACCGACUGCUGAUCUAGGAUUAGUUUUUUUAUCAAGUCAUGUCAUUUUGUACAUGUUCUUUUGUGAAAGGAAUUUAGAAUUUUAUACUAGUAAAUCAGAUUAUUCCAGCCAUUGUUUCCUUUUUGUUAUUAAUUCUGUCAUUGGCCUGGGUUUAAAAACAAAAACAUGUUCAAACAUUUAAACUGAGAAUCAUAAUCUGUUUUCUGUAGCUAACAGGGGAGAAAGAGGAUCUGAGAUGCAAACACACUGUGUACACUGUAAAGCUGAUAGUUGCUAGAGAAAAUACUACUGUGCAGAGAGGGAGCAUGCAACUCAAAUGGAAAAAAACUUUGAAUUCCACAUUAGAGACGGCUGAGUUCAUGUGCAGGGUGCUGUGUGUUUGUGUGCAUGUAUGUGCUUUUGUAUGUAUGCGUUCAAGAUCAAAGGAUUUGUUAAUCCAGCCCUUGACAGUGAUGAUGGUGAACUUUUAAUAUCAGCCUCAAUCCUAAUCAGACCCCGUUUGCUCACAGCUGCUCUUUAAUUUUAAGGAACUCUAAGCCCGCUGCUGAUUUAGUUCCUUCUCCCUCGUAAACAAACACUCAUCCGCUCACCUCACCCUUUUACAUUUACAGACAGACACAGCAAUAUAUGUGAACCUGCGAUGUAUUUGUCAUCCCUCCCACCUGCACAUGUGUUGUGUUUAUACUGGCUUAGACCAGCUGGAAGUGUGUACCUGAAAGUAGGAGUGUAGCUAUGAUUUAUUUUGUAAUUAUUUAUCUAUUUAUUGGUGCUGUUUAUUGGUAUGUUAUUAUGAGAAUUAUGUCUAUACAUAAACGAGUGUGUUAUAGCUGCGUGUAUAACUGUCCACACUAAAAUUAGCAUAGCAUAAAGAAUUCAUUUCUUGGGUUCAGUUGCUUCAGUUUUGUGCUACAUUUGAUAUGCCAAGAAGAAUAAAUGGAUGGUGGAGAGUCUGGCCCUUAGGCUUCUGAAUCCGUCAGUGAUGAGGUUACAUUGAUGCGAUAUGAAGGUCAGCCAGGGCAAUAGAAACAGAACAGAUUUGGGUUGUAGCCACUGAGAACAGAGCAAGUUGCACUGGAGCUUCCACAAUCAUCAGAAUAAUGGAAGUGGGUCACCAUAGAUUUCAGCGUCGAAAGGGAAAGAGGUUGGCGAGUACACACAUUUAAUACGCUCUCUUUUCUUCCUGCCUACUUCUCUCUCUGAAUGAACACAUGCGGGGCGGUUAAUGUAGACUAUUACAGUGCUCAGUUUGUGCUGCUCCCUUCUUUCCUCCCAGAUAAUUUCCACAGUUUCAGAGAGAGAUCCCGAAAAAGUACGGGGUUGGAGGGGGAGAGUGGCUCUCUACAUUCAACCACCAUUUGUGCUUCCGUCCACUUUUCUCAUCAGAAAUUAGCCUUCACAAAUUAGCUUUGUAGUGCAAUUCUGACCUCAGUGACACUGCUAUUAAAUUCUAGUUUUGCAGAGUUUCACAAGUUGAGUGUGUAUUUCUCCAGUCUUUGUACUUGCUGACACUCUAUACUAAGCCUGCAAUGGCUUGGCUGGAAGGAAGGGAGGAAGCCUCACAGGCCAUUAUCUCUUCUCGCCACUCUGCAGCUUCACACUCUUAGCUAUAUGAUGGUGUAUUUCUCUCCUCUACUUCUUACUUUUCCCAUCCCACCCCUGUUAGCGAUUCUCCCUCUGUCCCAUCCCUCCCUGACAGUUUCUCAUUUCAUUCCAUCUCUCACCCAUUACCCCCACCCAGUCAGCUCCGCCGUCUCACUUCCCCAUAUGAAAGGGUAUUAACGUCACAGGGAGUAAAUUAUAUUCCAUUAUUUCCCUUGUAGAUGAAUUCUAAGCUUCUUUGAGAAGUAUGUGCCGAGUUUCUGACACUAUAUUUGCACAUUUUCUCUCCUACUAUGUCAUAUCUGUGUAAACGUGCAUGAAUAAUCAUAAAUAUUGAGUAGAGUACACACAUCCAAAUCUUUUUAUUGUUAUGCUUACAAUGGCAAGCGAGUAGCUUUCUCACACUUGCGCCUAAAAUGCACAAUGCAAUUUAACUAUACCAUGACUCAGAAAUGACCCCUUUUCCAUGAAAUAAAACUAUAAUUUUAACAGUUCUCAAAAGAACGCCCGGGGUUCAAAAAUGACUGAAAUCUGCCUGUAAAGUAUUGCCCAGUAAUCUUGUCUAAGCAGCCAAAGAGCAUCACAGACCUACAACGAGGCCUGCAUUUAAAUAGUUCACCUCACUGGACCCUGCACACUUAAACACUUAGAGGCACUUUGCUGCCUGAUGUAGGUUGCUCGCAUAGCUGAGACCAUCACAGCUUAUUUCCCCGAGGGGAAAACACAGACAUAGCUUUGCACUGUGGCUUUUUCUUACUUUCCCUUUCAUAUGUACAUAGACUCAAGCACUCAGACAUGCACAUACCGUCAUAGCAUUUGUCAACAGAAUCACUUAUAUGUUAAUGUAUGUAUGAAAAACGUGUUUUAUACAUUUGGUGCACACUAGUAUGAGAUUUAUGAACAGAAGAAUGAAAGAAUGGCCUAUAUCCAUGAAAUCAGGCAUCCCCCUCUUCUCCUUUGCACUUCUAAAUAGUCCUUUCAGGGCCACUAAGAGCAGCCUAGCUAUCCAUACUUAUAUUGCUUUAAUAUUUUAUUUGAAACCUCACACAGCCUACGUUUGUUUUCUGUCAAUAUCCACUCUAAAGCACAUACAAUUGAAUUUUUUGAACUGGCGAGGUCACAUCUCCUCACUGUCUGUUUGCUCCAUUAGAUGUGAAAAACACAGGGGACGGGGAAAUAAAUCAUAUUUAAAAAAACAAACAAAACAAACAAUACGCAGUAGUGGUGACCUACAGAUUGAAGGCAGUGAUGCCAAUCCAACAGCUGUGAGACAGUCAGGUAGCUGUUUGUGAGUGUGUGAGAGAAAGAAAGCACUAAUCAUCAGCCAUAACAUGUCACAUGUACAUCCUCCUCUCACCACCACUGAGUCAUUCGUGUCCAUAAUCCAUUGAAUUGCAUGCUCCAUCUCUCUAUCCUCUCGGUCCAUAUUUUGUGUUGGGUGAUUCAUAAUUAGAGAUAGAGAGAGAGAAGACUGAAGGAGAACUUGAAUGUCCUAAUUAUUGUCUCAUCUCAUUCACGUGAGUGUCGCUAUUAAAGAUUGUAUUUGUUAUGUGGCUGUAUUACAUUUCUAAUUUUACGUUGUGUCGGUGUCAUUAGAUGGCUUGUCCAGUUUUGUUCCUGUACCUGCCAAAAAGACUGGGCUGCAGCACAUGAGGAAACUGUGGAAGAUGCAAUUUUGAAGCGUAAACAUUGUUUCUUGAACAUUUUAGUCCUUCAAAUGAUUCCAAUCCGGCUCAUAUUUACAUAUCUAAAUCUCUAUCUAAUGCAUCUAAAAAUUGGUAACAUUACAUUUUUAGAGGGAUUCAGUGUUGUUGUUGUUUUUUUUUGACAUAAUUUACACACAUGGAAGAUCUGCUAAUGUGAAAAAUUGCACGUGUGAUCUACUCACAGGCAAAUAACCAUCAUCUACAUAUUGUGAUUUUUGUCAUGUAAGGCUGCCAGCUCUUCUUGGCUCAUUUGUUUCUGUUUGUAUUUUCUUUGCUUAAUGUAUUAAAUUUCCAUUUGUUGAUGUCAUCAUUAAACUCAUUGUCAUUUCA